GUGACUGCUCAGAGCUAAGGUGGCUCCUGUGUGUCCUAGAUUGUGAGUGCCUCCAGCUCCCUGUCUUCCUACAAUGCAGUUCCUUGACCCUGAGGAGUUUCUGGUGGAUGAAGAGGAUGACAUUUUUGGUGAAGGACUGCCAACUAGACUCCCAGAAAUCAUGCUGGUGGGAUCCCAGUCCUUCUCUCCUGGCGGGCCCAAUGGCAUCAUCCGGAGCCAGUCCUUCGCAGGUUUUAGUGGGCUGCAGGAAAGGCGAUCCAGGUGUAACUCCUUCAUUGAAAAUGCCUCCGCUCUCAAGAAGCCUCAGGCCAAGCUGAAGAAAAUGCAUAAUCUAGGACACAAAAAUAACAACACCCCCAAAGAGCCUCAGCCAAAGAGAGUGGAGGAGGUCUACAGGGCCCUGAAAAAUGGACUUGAUGAGUACCUGGAGUUUCACCAGACAGAGCUGGACAAGCUGACUGCUCAAUUAAAAGAUAUGAAGAGAAACUCUCGCCUGGGUGUGCUGUAUGACCUAGACAAGCAAAUUAAAACGAUUGAGAGAUACAUGCGACGCCUGGAGUUUCACAUUAGUAAGGUAGAUGAGCUCUAUGAAGCCUAUUGUAUCCAACGUCGUCUCCAAGAUGGUGCCAGCAAGAUGAAGCAAGCUUUUGCAACAUCCCCUGCCAGCAAGGCUGCCCGGGAGAGUCUGUCUGAGAUCAACCGCAGCUACAAGGAGUACACAGAGAACAUGUGCACCAUUGAAGCAGAGUUGGAGAGUCUGCUGGGAGAAUUCUCCAUCAAGAUGAAAGGUCUGGCUGGAUUUGCCCGCCUCUGUCCUGGAGAUCAGUAUGAGAUUUUCAUGAAGUAUGGCCGGCAGAGGUGGAAACUCAAGGGCAAAAUAGAAGUGAACGGCAAACAGAGCUGGGAUGGAGAAGAAACCGUCUUCCUGCCCCUCAUAGUUGGGUUCAUUUCAAUCAAGGUCACAGAACUCAAAGGACUGGCGACUCACAUCCUAGUAGGCAGUGUGACCUGUGAGACCAAAGAGCUGUUUGCAGCCCGACCCCAGGUGGUGGCUGUUGACAUCAAUGACCUUGGUACCAUCAAACUGAACCUGGAAAUCACCUGGUAUCCCUUUGACGUGGAGGACACAACCCCAUCAGCAGGCUCUGGGAACAAGACAGCUGCACUCCAGCGGAGGAUGUCCAUGUACAGCCAGGGCACCCCAGAAACACCUACCUUCAAAGACCAGUCCUUCUUUAGAUGGUUGCGGCUGUCUGUCUUGAGUGCCUUGCGAGACACUUUCUUUGCCACGUUGCACCACAACCACUCUGUCGGUGACCUGCCUUCCCUCAGCCUGAACCCCAAGGCCCUGCUAGAAUUCUAUUCAAAUCUGCCAGAUGACAUCUUUGAGAGUGGAAAGGCAGCAGAGGAGAAAAGGCCACUGUCCCUUAGCUUCAGUGAUCUGCAGGAUGGAGACUGUGUCUUCACCUCCAGCUCAGCCACCUCUCCCUCCAGUUCACACUCAGCCCAUCCAGAGAUUACCAUCACCCCUGCCGAGCUUACCCACAGCAGCCUGUCCUCACAAAAUGAGGGCACUGAGGACAGCAGCUCAGAAUCUUCCAGGAAUUCCUUGGGUGAGGACCAUGAGCCAAAGUCCCACCCGAAGAGUGAUAUGGUAGAGCCUAGGAAGCCCAGUGUGGCUACAAGGUCUGGUACUGAGAGCCUGUUCCUGGAGAAUAGUGUUGCUGAGGCUCUCCUGCAGGAAUCAGAUGAGGCCUCUGAGCUCAAGCCCGUGGAGCUGGACACUUUUGAAGGAAACAUCACAAAGCAACUAGUGAAGAGGCUUACCUCAGCUGAGGGGCCCAUCACUACCGACAAGCUUUUCUUUGAAGGCUCUGUUGGUAGUGAAUCUGAGGCUGGCCGAUCCUUUCUCGAUGGCAGCCUGGAAGAUGCCUUCAGUGGACUCUUCCUUGCAUUAGAUCCACACAAGGAGCAGUACAAAGAGUUCCAGGACCUGAACCAAGAAGUCACACACUUGGAUGAUAUUCUCAAAUGCAAGCCGGCUGGCAGCCGCAGCAGGUCCUCCAGCCUAAGUCUGACGGUAGAGAGCGCUUUAGAAAGCUUUGAUUUCCUCAACACCUCUGACUUUGAUGAAGAGGAAGAGGAUGGUGAUGAAGUCUGCCACAUUGGAGGAGGAGCAGACUCUGUGUUUUCAGAUACUGAGACAGAGAAGAGUGGUUACAGGUCAGUUCACCCAGAAGCCAGGGGCCACCUUAGCGAAGCUCUGACUGAAGACACAGGCGUAGGGACCAGUGUGGCAGGAAGCCCGCUCCCACUCACCACAGGGAAUGAGAGCCUGGAUAUCACCAUUGUCAAACAUCUACAAUACUGCACCCAGCUCGUUCAGCAAAUCGUCUUCUCUAGCAAAACCCCCUUUGUGGCAAGAAGUCUCUUGGAGAAGCUGUCCAGGCAGGUCCUAGUGAUGCAGAAGCUGGCAGCAGUGAGCGACGAGAACCUCGGGAACAUCGCCUCUGUGGUAGAAGCCAUACCAGAAUUCCACAAAAGGCUGUCCUUGCUGUCCUUCUGGACCAAGUGCUGCAGCCCCACGGGGGUCUACCACAGCUCUGCCGCCUGCCUGAUCAAGCAACUGGAGGCCAGCUUCGCCAGAAGCAUCAACAAAGACUAUCCAGGACUGGCAGAGCCAGUGUUCAGAACCCUGGUGUCCCAAAUCCUGGACCGAGCUGAACCACUCCUUUCCUCAAGUCUCUCCUCGGAAGUCAUCACUGUCUUCCAGUAUGACAACUUCUUUACCAGCCAUGGUGUGAGUGACCUGGAGACUUACCUGGGCCAGCUAGCUAGGCAAGUUGCCAUGGUUCAAACUCUGCAGUCGCUGAGAGAUGAGAAACUGCUGCAGACUAUGAGUGACCUUCCACCCAGUAACCUCCCUGCUCAACAAGAGGUCCUCAGGACGCUGGCUCUGCUGCUCACCAAGGAUGACAAUGAGGUCAGCGAGGCUGUGACACUCUACUUGGCAGCAGCUUCCAAAAAUGAGCACUUCAGAGAAAAGGCCUUGCUCUAUUACUGUGAAGCACUGACAAAGACCAAUCUCCAGCUACAGAAGGCAGCAUGCCUGGCCCUAAAAAGCCUGGAGGCCACCGAAAGCAUUAAAAUGCUAGUGACAUUGUGUCAGUCUGACACCGAAGAAAUCAGAACCGUGGCCUCGGAAACCCUCCUGUCUCUUGGAGAAGACGGGCGACUGGCAUACGAACAAUUAGACAAAUUCCCUCGAGAUUGCGUUAAAGUGGGAGGUCGUCAUGGAACCGAAGUUGCCACAGCCUUUUAAAUUUCAUGCUACCUGACUGCUAUCCCGAUGAUACCUGGCCCUUGUCCUCAAGAGGGUGCUCUGAUGUGUCCAGACAGCAGAGAGCUGCUGCUGCUGCCAAUAUGGAGAUCUGAAAAUCCAAUUGCACUGGACUGUCUACUUUUCCUUAGCCCACAGAACAGGGCUGUGUAUAAUUCACUGGACUCCAUUGCAGUUGGGACUGACAGCACUUCAAAGUCCAUCUUAUCUUACUGUAGAAUUUGAAAAUAGCCAACUUUAUGCCUGUUUGGAAAUUCAUCUGUAAGCUUGACCUCUUCAUGUGCUAUUUGGAUAUGUGUUGUAUGCCUUGCCAUCUUUCUGCUGUGUUCUCAGGGUUGAGUGGCCCCUUAGUUACCAAAUUUUAUUUUAAAGACAAAGCACAAAAAGAACGAACUGCAAAUAAAAGUUUUCUUACAGAACCUGGCAAAAUGAUCAAUUGUAAGACAAUAGGUUUUGGAGCUGAGGAUGUGAUGGCUCCCGUGGUAGAGUGCUUGCCUAACGCUAACCAAGCUUGGGUUCAUCUCCAGCACUGCACAAACUGGGUUUACUGCCCUUAUAAACUCAGUGCUCAGAAGCAGAAGGAAGUCGGAUCAGAAGUUCAAGGUCAGCUUCAGCAACCUAGGGAGUUCCCAGGGCGACCUGGGAUACAUGAGGCUAUGGGGGAGGGGAGUAGAACCUAAGUUUUAUAUCAUAGUAUUUUAUAGUUCCUACUAUUCGUUUCUAUUUCCAUCCUGAGACUGUCCAUAUGGUUUAUCCAUGUGAUUUAAGAGAUAAACAGAAGGAUGCUGCCCCGUAGUUUCCACAGCAACUCAGUCCCAGGGUAGAGAGUCAGUCUCUUAGAAAGUGUGCAAGGGAUGGGGACGCCAAGGCAUUACAACAAUACGUGUGAGUGCAAUUUGAACUGUAUUCUGGAUGUAUUUGUAACCAAUUAGGUAUUAGUUUCAAUACUUAACAUUUUAGCAAGACUUUUAAAAAGUUUCCUUUCAUUUUAAAGUGAAAAUUGCUUGCCAGGCUUCUGGCAACACAUCCUCUCAACUGUGACACUCCACUGUACAUAAUUGUAUAUUUGUAAAUAUUAUAUAUAUGCAUAUAGUCUUCAUUUUAAAGGUAUGUUGUACAGUUAUAGUAUGUAUAGGCCAGAGUCUUUGUUAAAUGGAUGAAAUAUCUCUUUUGUAGAAAGUGAAAUCACAGCUAUCACAGGGCUUUUGUUUGGUUUAUUUGUGGAUUUGAAACAUUUUUGACUAUUGCAUGGAUAAUUAAUUUCAUAUCUUUUGUAUUCACCUCUGUGUUUUGCUUUCAGUUGGGGAGUGCUUUUAGGUUUGUGGUAUUUGUAUUCAUCCCUCUUUCAAUCAUGUAAGUCAAAAUAAAAAUUAUUUUUAACUACUA